UGGAGCUAGCUCGCUCUCUCGCUAGCUUACCGUGAUGGCUGUAGUCUAGCCAAGCGGCCCAAGCCUUUGAUGAGACAAGCUCAAACUACAGUCUGCACAGCUUUUUUCAGUUUUAAUGCUUGGACCUAACUAUGGUCAGCCCACUGAGCCCAGAUACUGGGGAACUGGUCUCACCACAGCCUGGCGAGACUGCGGAUGACUGGUCAGGGGGUCAAAGUGUUGAAAAAAUUCUAACCAAAUUCUCGCUGUUUAAACGUGAUCUCGAUAAACCUACCAUUUCUGAUGAUGCUGUUUUUAAGAGUCUCGAGCUUAAUUUUGACUAUCAGUUGGGUAUUCAUCUUGGCCUGUCUAAGUCAGAUGUGAAAGCCAUCAAAAAUGACCAUAACUCGGAUCAAAAUAGAGUGGUUUCUUUGUUCUGGAGAUGGCAAGAAGUAAAGGGAUCGGAUGCAACUUACCUCUCAUUAAUGAAAGCUCUUAUUGAAUGUGAAAACAAAGAAGCUGCAGAGAAGUUGUGUCAGUACUAUCAGGACAAGCACCAGAAAUCAAGUACUAAUGAGUUUAAAAGACAGUUUUCUCAUCCUGCAUUACCUCCUAAUACUGAUCAUGUCAAAUACAAUCAUUCUGUAAGUUCUCCUGAAAAGAUGUCAUUUACAAAUGAGUUUCAAAAACAGUCAUCUCAUCCUACAUUACCUCCUUAUAUUGAUCAACCCAAAUACAAUCAUUCUGUUACUUCUGAGAAGGUGAUGUUGGAAGAGAACACUAGCAAUGACGCAUGGAAGAUUUUCGACAGAUAUCACGAUCAAUUAGUCAAUAUACUUCGAAAAGAUGCCAUUUUCUGUGACAGUAUUCUCAAGAUUUUAACUGAUAAAUUUCUAAUUGGAAUAGCAGAGAGAGAUGCUGUUCAGCAGCUGUCAAAUUUGGAUAUUAAAAUUAAAGCUAUUGUGAGAUGUGUUUCUAUCUUCAUCAGCAAGGCUAGACAGCCCACACGUGCCUUUGUAAAAUUUUCAGCCAUCAUUGAAGAAUUUGGUAAUUUUAGAGCUAUUUAUGAAGAAAUGAAGAUUAAAGCUUCUGCUGUUGGAAUUAUUAUCAAAACUCCUGCAAAGCUAGCAAAAGCAAAAGAGCCUCCAUCCCUCACAAGCAAGGGAGCUUCUGCUGAUUUUUCAGAUGCAGAUGAUGCUGGUCAUGAUGAAUCUCUGUUAACUCCAUCUAUGAAGAAGUAUUCACGUUAUUUGAAGAGCUGCUAUAAAAAAGAAAGGCCUGAUCGAAAAUGGUCCUUAGGAAAUGUUCCGUCUAAAAUUUACAUUAAUCUGGCUGUUGUUUGUAAAAAUGAAGAUUAUCGUAAUCCUUUCUCAAAUUCCACAAUACAUGGAACCAAUGAUGAUAUUUUUGGUUAUAAAGAGCCUCUAUCACUUGAAGAGUUAUGCAGGAUUGAGUAUGGAGAUGCUAUUUUGAUUGAGGGUGCCCCAGGGAUAGGAAAGUCAAUGCUUGCAUUUGAGAUGUGCAGUCGUUGGGUCAAGGGAGAAGCAUUAAAAAAAUAUCCUCUUUUAUUAUUACUUCGUCUGAGAGAUAGGGUUAUACAAAAUUGUAAAUCAGUAAAAGAUCUCUUGGGUUGUUUCUUGAAGGAGCAGAGUUGGAAGGAUGCUGCUGUUCAAGAUAUUAUCGAUAAUGGCGGAGAGGGUCUCAUUGUUAUACUUGAAGGAUUUGAUGAGCUACCAGAGCAUCUAACAAAGCGUGGUUCCUUAUUUUUCCAGUUUUCAAAUGAGCUGCCGUGUGCAACCUUAGUUUUUACCAGUCGUCCAUCAGCCAAACACUAUCUAAAAAAUGAAAUUGAGUUUGAGCGCCAUGUUGAAGUGAUUGGAUUUAAAAAGGAAAAUAUAGAUGAAUAUAUUGAAAAAUUUUGUAAUAAUAACAGUGAACAUAUUGCAACUCUCAAUCAACAUUUAGACGAAUCACCAAAAGUACGAGAUUGUCUCUACAUUCCUGUCAAUCUUGUUAUUGUAUGCGAUAUUUUUCAGAAGUACAUAAUGAGCGAAGAGCAAGUACCAUUUAAAGGCAUUGUAACAUCAACUAAACUAUAUGAGGCAAUGAUUAAAAUGUUACUGUAUCGACACAUUAAAAGUCAAACACAAGAGCUAGUAAGAGUCGACUUACAUAAUCUUCCUCAUCCCAUUAAAGAAAAGUUCACCACUCUUUGUCAAAUAGCUUAUAAUGGCUUAAGAAAUCGUGCCACAAAGCUCUUGUAUUAUGCUGAUGACGAUUUUGAGACACUUGGAAUGAUGCAGAAAGAAGUUCAAGUUUAUCCAGGGACAGGUGAUGUCACUGCUUAUUCCUUUCUUCAUCUCACUAUUCAAGAGUUUCUUGCAGCUUACCACAUUUCUCAAAUGCAAAAAGCUGAAAUUGAAGUUAUCUUUAAUAAAUUAAAGAAUGUUAUGAAAUUUAAAACCAUGCUUUGUUUUUUAUCUGGUUUGACAGGGCUUCAGUCAAUCACCCCACACUUUGAUCACAAUUUGUAUAAAUUGAACUUAUUUCAUUACCUGUAUGAAUCUGGAAAUGAAUCCCUUGUGAAAAUGUUAUUCGGUAACAAAGAUGAAUUUUACAAGGUUCGGCGCCUAAUUCCUUCACCCUCGCCUCAAGACAUGUUCAUUCUUGGUAAGUGUAUAGCACUUAGUAGCUGUCAAUGGGGACUAAGCUUUACACUCCGUGGAAUGACUUUUGAGCACAUUCAAAAAUUUCAGACAGGAUUAUUUUCUGUGGAGUGUGACCUAUCAUGUACAAUAAAGGAUAUCAGUUUUUCUCUUAAUCCAAUUGGAGAUGAAGGAAUGAUGGAAUUGCUCAAAUUUCCUGAGCAUGUUAUUAAAAAUUUGGUUUCACUGCAACUAAUGAGCUGUCACUUACACUCUCAUGCUGCAACAGAAUUUUCAAAAGAGCUGAAAAAGUUUUCUAGCCUGAAAACAUUAUUUUUUCAUAACAACUUGUUUAAGGAAGGUGAACAGCUCUGCCUGAUAGAAGCCAUGAUACCACUUCAAUAUCAUUAUGUUACUCUUUCUAAGCUCAGUCCUGAUGAGUGUGAAGUACUUCUAACCAAAGUUUCUAGUAUUACUGAAGUUUAUCUAUACCAGUUGGGAUCCAGUAGCAUUGAAAAGGUCAUUGAAUGCUUACCUAACUCACUGUCUCUCGAAGUUCUACACAUUGAACAAAGUCAUUGCACUCCAGAGAACCUCAGCCUCCUACCCACAACACUCCCUUCCUCUACUCUCACUAAACUAGAGCUAGUUAAUUGUGCCAUUGAUUCUAGCAGUGUUCGUACUGUUAUUGAUGCAGUGCUAAUGUCCCCUCAUCUGGAAGCUCUUAAUUUGAGGGAUAAUUUUAUUGACGAUGAAGGAAGUGCUCAUUUGUGCUCUAUGCUCAAGCAGCUUUUUGGCUUGUCUGAAGAACCUGCUACUGACUACGACAGCAGUUACAGUUUCAAGAAAUUAAAAUUCCUUGACAUUGGGCAUAAUCCGUUUACGGGACAUGGAAUAUCAAGUUUCAUCGAUGAACUAGCUCACUUCAAGAGUGAUAGCAUUAACUUCAUUCUCUCUUUAUCACUUGGUUGGAAGGAUCAACUUUGUGAACAUGUUUCUUUUACAAAAGCUGAGCAGCAUUUAAAAUUUGAAUGCAAUGAGGAUAAUUGAAUGUACAUUUUAAAAUUUUUAUAGUGAUGCCGAGCUAUUUUUCAUACACAAUUUUUAUUUCAUUUUGUUCUGCCAAUUAGUUCUGUUGCACAUACACUUGCUGUGGAAUGUCAUGUCAGUAUUAUACAUCUUUGUACAACUUUUUUAUCUAACCAUUUAGAUUCAUAAUCGUAA